AUGGAGCCGCGCCGAUGGAGGCCACUGUUCCACAACCCUUUCACGGAGAGAAGACGACCCAUGGAGUACAUCCCCUUGUACCGUGGCUUUUUCCGCACGAUGCCGCUGCACCGCUGGUCUAUCAAAGACAUUCAAAAGACGCUCGGCUACGCCGCCGUCAACCCGUCCCUCUUCGGCUUCCCCGACCAACCCACGUGCAUUGUGAACACAGCGUACUUUCUUCCCUCCCUGCGGAGUCGGCUGCGCGGUGUAUGGGCCUUCGGCACGGAGCGCGGGUGUAAGAGCAUCAUCGUGCCCCACUCGUGCAGUGGGGAGGCUUUUGAUGCGCUCGAUGCUCGUCUCAUCGAGCCGCUCUUCCGCUGGAAUCCUGGCAUCGAGUACGUGUAUUUAUCGCGCCACUGCGAGCCUAUGGCGCAGCAGCUCCUCGGCCCUCUCAGCCGCUGCCAUAACCUGCGCGAGGUAACCUUGGAGGGGUGGAACGACGCCGUCGCCGUGCAUCGCGUUAUGAUGGCGUGCAAGCACGCCGACGUGCUGGAGACGUACAGCCUCGAUGACCCGCCGCGUAACUGGCGCAACGAGCUCUCAGUUCAGGCACUGUCGACCCUUAUCGAGAUGCACCCCAAGCUGCGCGCCGUCAAGUCACACCGUCUCUACCUCGGUGAUUGGUAUGAGGCGACCCGCUUCUCCCGGUGCAAGCACAACGUCGCCCUCAUCCCCUUCUCGUGCGAUUUCGUGAUCGUGUUCUACGCUAUGUUUCUCUGUGUUGUGUGCAUCCCUGCGUAUGGCGCGUACCGCCUCGUCUACCGCCUUUGCGUGGGUCGCUUGUCGGACGCCUACACGUGGUUCUGGAGCGUCAUUGCAUUUGUGCUCGCGCUGUCGGCGGUUGUCGCCUUCGACUCCGUCGGGCGGUCCCACCGCGGUAGCGGCUGGGUUCAUAUGCAGAAGUACCUCAUCUUCGUGAAGCGGCGCGUCGACAUUUGGAUGGGCGUGCACCGGACGGCACUCGUUCCCAGAAAGAAGUGA